UGUACAAGCCGAAGACGCGACAAGGUUGCGUACAAGAUAGUGAUAUUAAAUUAUAAGGAAAUAAUUACUUAGAAAACUAGCAUGCCCUCAACAAACGACGAUGAUCCCUAUGCACAUGCAGCAAAGGGACUGUUGAAGCUUAAAAAUGAUCAAGGAGUGAGUAAAAAAAAAAAGAAUAAAGAAGGUAAGAAGAAAAAAUUAGUGGAAGUGACGAAAAUUGGAGAAGAAGAGGAAUCUAAAACCACAGAAAUGAAACGAACAAAUGCUGAAAUAGCGUUUCAAAAAAUGCAAGAAAAAAUGCAAACUGAACGGAUAAAACAGAAGGCUUCAAUGACACACAAACAACGGGUUGAAGAGUUCAACAGACAUUUGGAUAGUUUAACAGAGCACUUUGACAUACCAAAAGUUAGCUGGACAAAAUAA